CGCCGGUAGGAGAGAGAGAGAGAGAGAGAGACUGACUGACUGUGGAGCGAAAAACAACUUCCGAAUUUGGUAUUUACGAAAAAAAAGUGGGAUUACCUCCCCCCCCCCCACCAGGAAUUCCCCCAAUCAAGCUUCUUGAAUCUAUAACCUGCUUCUUCCGCCCUCCAUUCAGGAAUAACACCUCAAGGAUGUCAGCUCUCACUUCAAGAGUGUUAUACAUAUGCCUGAAUUUACUGACUCUGUAUUCCCAAGUCCAGGAAUCGAAGCAGACCACAGAGCACUUCAGGACCUACGUGGAGAACCACACCAAACAUUCAGAUGACCUGAGUCGGAAGCAGAUCCGAAUCUACCAGCUCUACAGCAGGACCAGUGGCAAACACGUCCAGGUGCUGGGCAAGAAGAUCAACGCCAACGGGGAGGACGGUGGCAAAUACGCUCUUCUUGUGGUGGAGACAGAUACAUUUGGCAGCCACGUGCGAAUAAAGGGCAAAGAGACAGGUCAUUACAUCUGCAUGAGCAAGCGAGGGAAGAUUCUGGGCAAGCUCAAUGGGAAGAGCCGGGAGUGUGUGUUUGUGGAGGAGGUCCUGGAGAAUAACUACACUGCUCUGAUGUCUGCCAAGUACAAGGGCUGGUACCUGGGCUUCACCAGGAAAGGACGGACCAGGAAAGGAUCGAAAACUGAGCAGAACCAGAGGGAGGUCCAUUUCAUGAAAAGACCCCCCAAAGACAAAGGGGAGCACCAUAGACCUUUCAAAUACACCACAGUCACUAAAAGGACGAAACGAGCUCGACACCACAAGACCAGCUAGGACCUAGGGGACCUCUAUCAGUCUGCUGGCUGCCUCGGAUAAAUAUUUGUGUUUGGGGUUUUUUUUUGAAAACUAAAGAUACUUUAUUUUUAUACUCAUGAAAGGAACUGCUCUGA